AAAAAAAAAAAAUAGUAGUAGUAGUAGUAGUAAUUACCUUAAAUUUAGUUUAAUUUAAAGCUAUUACUACUUACUGCUUUUAUUGUUGUUAUUAUUUUCUUCUUAUAUAUACAUGUUAUUAUUAUAGGAUAUGAAACAAGUAGUAUCCUCUACUAUUAUAGAUAAGCAUUUAUUAUCAAGUGGUGUUAUAUACCCUUAUUAUUUAUACAAGAAGGUUGCAUUGAUCUUCAGACAUUUCUUAAUAUGAAAGAAGAACAAGAUUUUGUAUAUCAAUUUAAAUCAAAAGUAAACAAGGAAGAAGAUAUCAGGUUAUUAACUCAAUGCACAAAGGCCCUUAAUGCUUAUUUCUCAUUGGUGGAUAGUAGUAGUAGUAGUAGUAGUAGUAGUAGUAGCAGUAGUAGUAGUAGCAGCAGUAGUAGUAGUAGCAGUCAUGAUUAUCAUUCCUGUUUAUCCUUUUCUGAUAAUGAUGAUGACUCGUUAGUAUCAGAGGAAUCUCGUCAACAAUUCGAUAUGAUAAAGACGCUUCAAGUCUUAAAUGAUACAAUAGCAUCAUCAUCUGUCAUAACAACAACACGUCGUCAAAGAUUACAAUCAACAACGACGCAUCGUCCUGUUUCAUUACCUAUUCAAUUACCUUCUUAUCGUCACUCUCAACCACCUGAAUAUGAAGAUGAUUUGAUGGUAACAAGACAAUAUGAUUUGAAUCCAACUCGAUCCAUGGUCAUUUUACCUCGAGAAGAAGAAGGUAAAGAAGAAUUACCUCAUUAUUCCUGUACGGUGUACAAAAUGGGAUAUGUUUAUAUCAAAAAGACUUUAGAUACAUCUCAUACUAAACCAAGACGGCGAACAUGGAAAAGGUUAUAUAUUGAACUCUGUGGAACUAUGUUACGAAUAUAUCGUGCAUCACCUACUACUAGUAGUAGUAGUAGUCAACAAAAUACAUCCUCAUCGACCAUUUCAUCUCUCCUUCGUCGAGCCUUAUCACCUAUAGAUGAGUAUUAUCACAAUUAUUAUUAUACUCCUAUCAUGACCUUGAAUUUAGGUGGUGCAGAAGCAACUCGAGCCUUGGAUUAUGUACGAAAACCUAAUGUCCUUCGUUUAACACUCUAUCAAGGACCUCAAUUAUUGAUACGCACUUUUUCUCAUAUAGAUAUGAUUUCCUGGAUAGAACAUCUUCAAGCAGCUAUCAAUAUCUCACUUGAUUUAGAAACAAGACCUAUGCCAAAAUUUGUAACUAUACCUACACGAAGUAUGAUGACAGAAGGAAUAGUAAAUCCUCGAAUCAUUGAACAAGAGAGAUUACGUGAACAGAGAAGAAGGGGACAAUUAGAAAGCUUGAUUUAAAGCAAAAGAUGCAUAUACAUAUUCAGUGUAUUAACUCUAAUUUGUUGUGGUCUAUGAUACUACUUUAUCAAAGUAGCAUACAAGGAUGCUUAUAUAAUUGAUUUUAUAGAAGGAAAAAAAAAUUUUUUUUAUUUAUUUAUGUCUCUGUUAAGUGUAUGUUUCUUGGUUAUUAAUGAUAAU